GGAUGUACUUAAACGCAUAACAUAAAAGCAAAACUACUUUGAAAGAAAGAUAAGAAACAAAAAUGGAAGUAGCUCAAGUACUACCCAUGAAUGGAAGUGUUGAAGAAGCAAGCUAUGCAAACAACUCCUUGCUUCAGCGAAAGGUGAUUUCUUUGACAAAAUCUUUGAGAGACGAAGCUAUAACCAGUCUAUACUGCAACACACUUCCUAGAAGCUUGGCAAUUGCAGACUUGGGUUGCUCUUUUGGACCAAACACUUUCUUGGUGAUCUCUGAAAUUAUCAAGGUUGUUGAAAAGCUUUGUCGAGAACUUAAUCAUAAAUCUCCCGAAUAUAAAGUCUUUUUGAACGAUCUACCGGGAAAUGAUUUCAACGACGUAUUUAUGUCCCUUGACACCUUCAAAGAAAAACUACGUAAUGAAAUGGAAACUGAAAUGGGUCCUUGCUACUUCUCUGGUGUUCCUGGAUCCUUUUAUAGUAGGAUCUUUCCAGAUAAAAGUUUGCAUUUUGUGCAUUCUUCUUACAGUCUUCAAUGGUUAUCUAAGAUUCCUGAGGUUGGAGACAACAACAAGGGCAACAUUUACCUGACGAGCACAAGCCCCUCAAAUGUCCACAAGGCUUACUACAAGCAAUUUCAAACAGAUUUCUCUUUUUUUCUCAAGUGUCGUGCCGAAGAACUAGUUGAAGGUGGUCACAUGAUUCUAACAUUUUUAGGACGAAAAAACAGUGAUCCAUCAAGCAAGGAGUCUGGUUACAUUUGGGAACUCAUGGCUAUGGCUCUUAAUGAUAUGGUUUUGCAGGGAAUCAUUGACCAAGAGAAACUCAAUAGUUUCAACAUCCCUAACUAUUAUCCAUCUCCAUCUGAGGUUGAGUUGGAAGUUCUCACCGAAGGAUCAUUCUCCAUCAGUCGAUUAGAGGUUUCUGAAGUAAAUUGGAAUGCUCUUGACAAUUGGGAUCAUUUUAAUGAUGGAUACAAUGUGGCACAAUGCAUAAGGGCUGUGGCUGAACCUUUGCUAGCUAGUCACUUUGGUGAAGGUGUCAUUAAAGAGAUUUUUAAUCGCUAUAAGAAAAUUUUAGGAGAUCGCAUGUCCAAAGAGAAGACGAAGUUCACCAAUCUUACCCUAAUGAUGACUAGAAAAGCAUGAGCAUUGAAAAACAUUUUGGCUUAGGGUUUUAUAUUUGCAGUUCAAAAUAAAUUUCAGUUUCACUUUAGUUGUUAAUUUGCAUUAUGUGUUCCUAUCCAAAUCAUAUUUCUGUCCUUGUUUGCUUUAAUUCUGCACUAGCUACAUUACCAAUUAUUGGUACUAUUUAGGGAAAUUGUGUACCAUCCUUCUAUGACUUACACUCUGGAAGUUGAAUUUAUCCAUCAUUCCAUUGAAUAAAACGGUACACCAAAUUUAAAUUCCA